UUCGCCUUUAAAAAAGAAAAAUUACAAAUAGAUUACACUAUAUAAACACUAACAUUUUAUUGCUAAUAGUUCUAUUACGUGAACAGUAAUGUUAGAAUGACUUUGGUGCGCAUACUUCUAUUUAUUACGUUUCUCCUAAUUGUCGGUUUUGGAGAAAGUCAGGAUAAUGAUAAUGAUAAUAAUACGCUAAAAGAAACGUAUGUUAGUCCACUCGAAAAAUCAGUUCGCUUAUUUAUGAAAUCUGGACGAAAGCUCACAGACAAAAUUAAAAGUAUUAAAGAGGAUUUUAAGGAAGCAGUAUCUAAGAUCUCAAUAUUGAAAAAGAAAACAGGAGCGAGGAAUAGGACAACACUUAGCAGUAUUUUAAAUCAAUUUAAACCAAAAAUUAAGGCAAUUUUUCCAGGAACAUAUUGGUGCGGUGACGGUGAUAUAUCACCAAAUAACGAGGAUCUUGGUGUCUUCGAAAGAACAGACGCUUGUUGCAGAGCUCAUGAUUCUUGUCCGGAUGGUAUUCCAGCAGAAGAAACACGAGGCGGUCUUUUAAAUAAUGGCAUAUUCACUAGAUCACCUUGCGACUGUGACGAUGCGUUCUACCAAUGUUUAAAGAAAGCUAAUAACGUUAUAGCAUUUAACAUCGGAACUACGUAUUUUAAUAUUUUAAAACCCCAAUGUUUUAAACGAAAUUCUACCGAGGAAAAUGAAGACAAAUGUAGAGAAUUCUCAUGGUUCAGUUUUAUAUACAAUGAGUGCAACGAAUAUAAUGACAAUCGCACCGUACCCGAAAAACUGGAAUGGGUGGACAAUCCAAAAUAUUAAUUUUUAAUAGUUGAAAUAACAGAAGUGUCGUGUUUUAGUAAUAUUUUUAUUUAGUACAAAAUAUAUGUAAACUCUCUAGGUGGAAUAAAGAACAGUAUCUA